CCUAGCGACCACAGUACGUACAAGUUCCCACUCGUUAUCAUCUAUCUUGUUUGCUGCCAUCAAAACACUCCUGCUUUCAUUGUGCAUAUGUAGUAUCAUGUUUUUUGCUCUACCGAGUGCUCCUCAUGUUCCUUUGUUCUUGCGUCUAUGAAACCUCCCAAAAAAACCGUACCCUUAGAACCACCACCAUCAUGUGAAUCCAGCAUCCCCGGCCCAGCACCUGCACCGGCAUCUUCCUUCGACCCUCCCAUUAGUUUCUCAACUGUCAUCGAAGACGACCACAGAACCAUCAACAGUUACGCAGCUCGUCUCAAGAAAGCCAGGACGUCACAAGAUCGCGCCCGUCUUCUCGGCGAAGUCACCUGGCGCAUGGUCAGACACGACAUAUCAGAAGAACUAAUCAUGCGUCCCGCUCUCAUCGCCCACCUAGGCCUGACUGGACAGCAAAUGGCCGAGCACGACCGUCUGGACCACGAGCGCGCGAGAACGGAACUCAUGGCGCUCUUUAACUUGGGCGUCGACGAGCCCGAUUUCCUACCGAAAGUCAACGCCCUGAUGGCCGAAUUGCAUGAGCAUAUGAGGACCGAAAGUGGCGAGCAGAUCCCUGCACUGGAGAGGAUGCUUGGGCCAAGCGAGAGUCAGAGGUUGGGAAGGGAGUAUAUUAGAACGUUCGCCCUCACGCCGGAGUUGGAGACGCUCGACCCCGCGAUAGGACUGAGACGGAGAGUCUGGGCGACUGUCGAGGAGUAUACGUGCAUGGAUAGUGCUGGGUUUAGGGUCGUGUGGGAGAGUUUGACGGAGGAGCAAGUUUGCAGUGCGAUGAGUGAGUAUUAUGGGUCGCGCUCCGGCCCUGGCAGAGGCAAGGGGAAGCUGUGAUCAACUCACUGUGAUCGUGGAUUUGCAUCGCUGGUAAAAGUGACACCAAGUCAUCGGAAGGGCCUAACAUGCAUGGGAGGACCGCAACGAUUUGUUGUGCAGAAGGGGAUUGUCCUACGAGGAUACGCUGAG